GUGGAAUAAACUAAACUGCUGAGAUUAAUGAAAACGUCAAAAUGUUACAAGCACAAUACUCUCAAAACCCAUUUUUCGGAAUGGAAAUACCCCAAGGAACAUUUAAUUCAAGUACUGUUAACUUACCAACCGAAUCAGAACCGUCCUACUGCUUGUGUGGCCAACCCUAUAAUUCAGAUAUUUUUAUGAUACAAUGUGAUUCUUGUAAAGACUGGUUUCACAGCACAUGUUGCAACUUCAGGGAAUGGGAAGCAAUCGAAAUAGAUAAGUACCACUGUCCUAGAUGCAGUCCUAUUAUUGGACCUUCAAUAAAUAAAGUAACUCACAACUCUCAUCGACAUGAGUAUUGGGAUAGUAAUGCCUCAAGCAAACCAGUCCAGACAGGAACGCCUGCUUUUAUACAAGAGCUACGUACUCGCCACUUUACACCGGCAGAUGAUAUAUUGGUCAAAGUUAGUGGAUAUGAGCUAACCGAAGAAUAUUUUCGCUCAAAAGGAUUUAACAGCCCUAUAAUCAUUAAUAGUAAAGAAGGGUUGGAUAUGAUUAUGCCCCCAGAAAAUUUUUCCUAUAUCGAUGUGUUAAAAUUGGUUGGAGACGAUAAGGAAAUCGACGUUAUUGAUGUAUGUAGACAGGCCAAUAUUAGAAUGACCUUAGGCGACUUUAUUAAUUAUGUUGCAAGUAGUGGGAGAAAGAGGAUAUUCAAUGUUGUUAGUUUAGAAUUUUCUAACACAGGAAUGACCCAUAUAAUAGAGCCCCCCUUAAUAGCACGGAAAUUGGACUGGGCUAAUUCGGUUUGGCCGGAAAACCUUGAAGGCAGACCUCAAGUACAAAAAUACUGUUUAAUGAGUGUUAAAGAUUCAUAUACCGAUUUUCAUAUUGAUUUUGGUGGCACCAGUGUUUGGUACCAUGUAUUAAGAGGAGAAAAAGUAUUUUUUUUUGUUAAACCAACAGCAGCUAAUUUAACUUUAUAUUCCCAAUGGAUGACAUCAACUAAUCAGAGUGAAACAUUUUUUGGCGAUCAGGUUGAUCAGUGUUACAAGUUUCAUCUUCGUCAGGGGCAAACUAUGCUAAUACCUACUGGGUGGAUACACGCUGUAUAUACUCCAGUAGAUUCUUUGGUGUUUGGCGGAAAUUUUUUGCACAGUUAUAAUAUUAAUAUGCAAUUGAAUUGCUACGAAAUUGAAAAGAAAACCAAGACCGAAAGAAAAUAUUUAUACCCCAGUUUUAUUACAAUUAAUUUCUUUGCUGCUACAAAACUCCUAGAGGAAGUCAUAAAAUUAAACGUGUCUGGAGGAUCUGGGGCACCCGAGACUCUGUUAGUUGGAUUAAAAGCGCUUCAGCAAGCCAUUAAACAGUGGAAUAAUGAGAAAGACUAUAAUGCUAGUAUGCGAGAACAAUUGCCAUAUGGAAUUAAUAUAUCAAAACUUCUAAAGGACAUUGGAAAGGAAAUUAGGCACGCAGAACGAAUAAUAAAUCAUCUGAAUCCGCCAAAACCCGAAAGGGAAUCGAAACGAAAAAGGAAAAAACCUGUUAAUACGGACUUUGUAGAUUAUUCGCUAUCUCCGAAGGGAUUCAGUUUUGACUAUAUGCCAUUACCUUCAGCAGCUUAUAAUCCAUCACCUCCUACUUACUCAAAAACUACUACUAAUAACACGGAUUUAAAAGUAACGCUACCAAAACCAGCUACUUUUCCAUAUGAUAGAUCAGUUUCCAACUCCCAUGAUCCUAAUCAGACUGUUUUUAAUUCACAACCACUACCUAGUAUGGAUAAUAGUCAUUUGUGGAACGUACCAUUCGAAAGACCGCAAGAAACGGUAGCAGAGUACAAAGGGGGAACUGUUUUGAAGUUCAAAUUAGGGGCGAAAGAUUUAAUUUCUCCUGCGAUAGUACAAAAUGGUGUAAAUAUACCAGGCAAUCCUUAUGAUGAUGCUUUUGAGAAUAAAGACGUUUACGAUUUUCACGAUGACAGUGAGAGAGACGAAGACUGCUUUAAUUUUACUAUCGAUGAGAAUCCGAAAAGGAAAAAAGGCCGGAUCAAAACCAAAUUACCUGUGUCAAAACAAUCCAAAAAUCAUAAAAUACCAGUGAACCUCAGUACCAAUGGAAUAGAAUCUCUUCUGCAGGCGUCUCUCUCAGUGCCGAACAGAUCGCAUGGAGGCACGUCGCCUUCAACAUCAGAAGCAAUAGCUGGUAUGCUUUCGAUAAGUCAGAAUUGGACCCCUACGAGUAAGAGUAGACAGUAUCACAAAAGUCCAGAAGAAGAUGUCAGUAAUGUGCAUCAAGAUGAAGAUUAUAUAUACCCGUCUCUGGAUAAUUCUGAUGAUGAAGAUAUCCACAUAUUUAAGCCCAGAGGACGAACUAAAGUAGAUGAAGCUUGGAACCCAAAGGCAAGAGUAGGCCCACUUCUGCCAAAAAUGAACCGUCCAGCUCGAGAAGGUACCAAGAAGCAAGCGGUGGAAAAGGUAUUGGAGGCAGCUGCAGCAAGAAGGUGUAUUGAUAGUUCAGAUAAGAGUUUUCUACCGUCGUCAAAGCGUCAAUACCGCCGUAAAAAGUCAAAACCAAAGAUAGAAAUAAGAAAUCCAUCGAGCCAAACGCCUGGUUCUCAUCUGUUGCAGCCAGGAAGUAGUUUACCCGGCUGUCCGACUCUUAACAAAACACCGAGUUCAUUAUCUUCCAGUUCUUCAGGACCUAGUACCCCUGCAACUUCUAAACCGCGAAAAGGGAUGAAGACUGUUAAACAACGAUUAGGUAAAAUUUUGAAAAUACAUAAGAUGAUUCAUUAAGCCAUUCGUAGUUCUUUAGUUUUACUGGACUCAAUACAUUUGUUUUGGUGAACAAAACUGCUUUGAAUAGCUUGUAUAUGAUUAGAUCAAUCUCUAUCUUGUUCCUGGUAUACAACUAACGAUUAUUACUAUUUGGACAUCUAGUACGUACGGAUGCUCUUAAACAGAUGUGGUUAACGAUUGUGCGCUGCUGACGAAUUCGUCUAUUAAAAACAAUAACAUGACCGAUGUAAGUACAGGUCUAGCGAUAUGCUAAUUUCAGACACCCCUAGGAUCGGUUUCGCGCCUUCAUUAGCUGGGUUUAACCGUAAAAUAACGGUCCCGAAAACUACUUGUAUUUCGCCUAUGUAUUUUGGCAUGGGCGAAUUACAUGUACAUGUUUUGGUAGUGUUGCCCUAUAGGUGUGUAAUACUUAUUCAUUAACAGCUUGUAUACGCAAGAAGUGAAAGAUGAUGGUUUUUCAAGAAUGCGAAGUUUUCAAUUUAUUUGAUUAAAAAUAUAAUUAAUUACACCGAUAUAUUGUCACUGGGCCAUUUUCAGCAUUUUUCCAGCAUACAUGUUUCUUCAGAACUAUUUAUUCUUUGAUUCUUUCAUACUGUCACCAUGACUAUUCAUACAAUUUUGCCAAUCAUUUCACACUAAUGAUUUACACUUUAAAAAGGAAUAUUAAGUCUCCAAUAUGGGCUCCUUGAACAUACCGAUAACACCUGUCCCAUGAGAUUUGGAAUCUUGGCAGGUAUCCUGGCCAAAUUUUUUGCUACCGGUUUUUGGUUUAUUCUGUUUUUCAGAGAUUGAACAAUCUUCUGGCAAGUGUUAAGUUUUGAUUACUAUCUCUGUACUUCACCAUUUAUAGCUUUCGUAUUCAAGAGUAAAAACGUGAUCGGAAGAGGCCGUGCCCGUAAAUUUCUGUAUGAGAGUCCUUCCACUACAUCUGCUCCCCCUUUAGAAAAGCUGUAUAAGCUUAUUAUUUCGGGUAAACUUUUCUCCCCAGUUGUUUCAUCAAUAGCCCCAUCAUGGUGCAUGAUAAACAUUUUUUUGUACUAGAUAAAAGUAUAACGUCUUUUUGGAAGCCAAGUAAAGAGAUCUUUGAUUCUCUGUUCUGAACUGCCAAAAAUUGUAUUGGAAUGCAUCGUUUAUUUUUUCUCACCGUGCCUACUGACGUAAGAUUAUGCUUUUGAUCCCAUGCUCUGAAUGCUUGUUGAGGUGCAUGUACUGUUUGAACUUUGAUCUUCCACGAAAAUAUUCCAAGUUCUCAGAUAUCGAGGAAUUUCAAAAGACCAUGCACAUUGAUGAAUUUCUACCAUCAUGGUACAGACAAUGUUUUUUUUAAAUAUUGUUUCUACCAAUUGAGCUAUGAAGAAAAGUGUGUAACGCAUUUUUCAUUUUAAAUUCGGUGUUUCGAAAUAUCCUAAAUAUGAGCGAAAUAGCGAUAGAAAGCAUUGUAAGCCUUUAACCCCAAAGAACUUAUCUAAAAUUAAACCAUAUAAAAAUGAUUACAAAUUUUGAACUCAUUCGAUUGGCCCGAAUGGACUCAUUAAGUGACAACCGGCACGACUUUUUAGGGGGUGGUCUGAAUCAAUUCUUAACUAUGCAGCAAACAAUUACAAAUCAUGUGAAGUCUUUAACGUUAGAACAUAUUCAAAACAUUUUUAAUUAAUUCAGCCAAACAAAUGCGGUUUUCAAAUAAAAACUAAUUUUUAGUUAAUAUGUUUAUAAUUAGUUUUUGUUGCAAAUUUGUUUACGAAACAAGCUGUUUAAGAGUGAUUUUAUUUUUUGCAUUUCACAAUUUUAUGACUCAAAACUCAGCCGUCUAAAUAUAAACAAUUGAGAUCAUCCCACUUUUUGUUACAUAUAUUCUGAGACAUAUCGUAUAUACUCUUAAAUGCACUCACUGUAAAUGUACGUUUUUGGUGUCAUAUAAUAUACGAAUGUAAUUGAAAAAUCCCUUGAACGAUACUAACUUGGCCUUCUGCAACAGGAACAUACUUAUCUGAACUUUACUUAAAUUAUCUUGACGAUAAGUCAUUGGUUGCAAGUAUCUAUAUGUACGUUACAAAAAAAUUCUUUCGGAUUUGUAAGCAAGCAGUGUGUUUGCUAUGAAACAUAGUUAAAGUUAAAACAUGGUUUUAUAUCGAAUAGUUUGAGCAUAGCAUGAGAUUGAUGUGUGUAGAUAUUAAUUAGGCCCAUCAAAUCUAUCAUGUUAUAUUCUUACAAAUAUUUAAGAUAUGUUGAGUGUUGUUUGAAAAAUUUAAAAAUAUAUGACAACAUACGUUAUUGAAUGGAUGUUAAUGCUCAAAAAGGCUAAUUCAAGUAUAGCGGCUUAUGGUAGGGAUUUAAUGUAAUUUUAUAUUUAGGUGGAACUUUCAUUACACUAAGCCGUUUAAGUUAUCAAAUUGUAAAAUAUAUGUAUGUACAUUGAGCGCUCUUUAGUCAGUACUUUUUCAAUUUCAAUGUUAGCCACUAAAUAUAGUUAUCAGCGAAAGUCUAGAUGUUGAACAAGUUUGUAUAUUUGUGAUACAUUUUUAACGUUCAUUUUUGCUGAAUAUAAGUCAAACAUGAAUUGGAGAAAAUAUAAUGUGUGCACUGCAUAUUAUACUAUUUUUAUAUGAUACUACGUUGUACUUGUAAUAACAUGUAUAGAUGAUUAAAUUAUUAGUUACUAUUAUUUAGUGCUGCAUAUUCUUGUAUUAUAUGUACAUUAUUAUAUCCAAAAACAUUUGUCACUUCCUUUUCUAUGUUGUAAAUAGGACACGUUAGUUUCUGUGAUGUUUGCAAAAUCUUACUUUGCAUUAAUGUCUAUCGGCUAAUAUUUUCAUACUUUUCUUGUCUAUUACUGAGCGCUAUUUUUUUGCCUGUCUUGAGAUUGGUAGCUUUUGAUAACCACACGAAAGGAUAUUAAGAGUUCAGAUACAGCACCUCAAGAACUGGUAUUAUCUAGUUGUAUUCACUGAAUUGAAAAGAAACGCUCUCUUUGUUUAAAAA